UCUUAAAUUUCAGUUGGAUUUGCUGCAUGAUAUCUUCAUUUGCAUAUUUCCAAAACCAUAGCAAACUAGCUUCUUAAUUUGUCCAUUCAACCCCUAGCCUACUUAUACUCCAUCUUGUAGCGGUUGUAGUUAACAUAUGUACUCUGUCGUAAUUUCAAUAAGCUCCUCAUUCAAGAUCAUUCAGAGUUUAGAGAAUCUUAUACGCAUCAUAACUUAGUAAGCUUAAGUUAUGGAGAUUUAUCAGUUACCCAUUCAAAAUAUAGAGCCCUCAGAUGACAAGUCAAUCAACCUUACAGGGAUGUCAGGUGAUGAAAUUAUAAAGCUUGCAAAAGGGAAGUAUGGCAAGAGAGAUGGAGGAGACAGAUCAAACUGGUCCAAACUAUUGGAUGAAUUUGCUGAAUUUAUUGCGAUUGCAAUUUUGAUCGGCCUUAUCCUUGUGGACACUUUGUUCUUGUACGUUCCCAUCAUCAAUGAAAAUAUCAAGUGUCUCGCGUUAGACGAUAAAUUAAAGAUUAUAGCGAUUGUUUUGCGAUCAUUUACAGAUCUCCCUUUUCUAUGUAACCUCCUCCGUCGUGUGCUGCCUACCUGGUGCACGUACACAUCGUGCAUUCUGGAAGUGGAAGUUUUCCUAGAUGUCGUCAUACCCGAAUCCCGAAUGUAUAACAUUUUAGCUGUUCUUCCUAUUCCACAAGUUGUAAUUCUAAUUUUCCUUCCAAAAACGAGGAACUCAAGAUCUUUGACUAGAAUGAAGUUUUUGAACUCACUCAUUCUAUUGCAAUAUGUUCCACGAGCUUAUCCACUGUACAGAGUAUGUAAAGACUUUAACAAGGAUACCCGUCAACGUAGCACAGAACUUGCUAAGGAAAAGAAAUUAUGGAUUCCAGGUUUAUCAAAUUUCAUCAUGUACAUCCUUGCUAGUCAUGUACUCGGGGCAUUUUGGUACUUUUUUUCUGUUCAGCGAGAGAUAGAUUGUUGGAUCUCUACUUGUCGAAGUGAAAAUGGAUGCAACUUAAGUACUUUACAAUGUGAUAAUACUCUGUUCAGAAACGUCACACUUCUAAAUGAUUUAUGUCCAACAAAUCCACCAAAUCCAAUGGCAUACGAUUUUGGCAUAUUCGUUGACAGUCUUCAGUCUGGCAUAGUGGGAACAACAGAUUUUCCUCAAAAACUCUUGAUGUGUUUGUCGUGGGGCUUACGAAAUUUGAGUUCUUUUGCUUCAAACCUCAACUCUAGUACCAAUGCAUGGGAAAGCGUCUUUGUAAUUUCUAUUUCGAUCAUUGGCCUGCUACUAUUCCUGUAUCUGCUUGGACAUGUGCAAACAUUUAUGCAGGCAAUUAGCAGAACAUCUCAGAUUUGGCAGCGGAGGCUAGUCAUAUAUCCACGAAUAGAGUUCAUGGUAUCCGAAUAUGGUCUUACAGGGGAGUGGGUAGAAUAUGCAAUUUGGAAAUUGGUAAGAGAAGCACUUGAAGAGGACGAAGGUCGUGCUGCAGAGAAUAUCUUCUCGUUACUUCCUCGGGAACUUCAGAGACUUUUGAAGUGCCAUCUCUUCUUGGCUACACCUACACUAACGAAAUUGCCAGGGCUUGAAAACAAGGACAGACAAGUGUUGGAUGCAAUCAUGGAGGAUCUUGAGCCAGUAAGCUAUGCUGAUGGUACCUAUAUUAUUCGAGAGGGGGAGCCACUAGAUAGGAUGCUCUUCAUCACGCAGGGCAUUGCACUUGCUUACAAGACUGGAACUACUGGUGGCGAAAGUGGCUCGUCAAGCACUGCAUAUCUUGAGAAAGGUGAUGUUUAUGGAGAAGAACUUAUAGGUUGGGCGGCGACAUCUACCCCAUUUUCCGGCUUACCUAUCUCAGGCCAAACCGUCAAGUCCCAAUUUUCCGGCUUACCCAUCUCAGACCAAACCGUCAAGUCCCACGAAAAAGUUGAAGUCUUUGCAAUCAGGGCUGCCAGAUUAAUACAAAUUUUCAACACAGAGGUUGUUACUACGGUGGAAAUAACUAGUAACUAAAUUUUUAAUUCAAAAUAAUUAUAUAUUCAGCUAUUUUUCAAAUUUAAAGAAUUUAAACGUCAUCUACUUUCCUCAACGUUAGCAAAACACAAGAAUACCUGUCAGGUUCAAUUGUACCACAAUUGUAAUAGAGAAAGCUCUUUAGGUGA